CGCCUAUAACAUUGAACUCCACGCUCCAACAACUGACAAUAUUCCGUUUUCAGUUCAGUCAGUGCGAGUUCAGCUCACUGUGUGAUUCUAUCGCUUUUAUCCAGCGAUCGGUAAAAGAACGUAAAUAAAGCGCGAUUUCGCUAACGUCCGAAUUUUUAUGAAUGAAUGAACGGCGCUCCGUUUGACAGGUGUGGAGAAAGUGUUUUUAUCUCUCUGACUAUGCCAAAUGAACUGACUUGAGGAGCGUGUGAAAGGAGGAGGAUUUUUUAGCGAUCAUGGCCAAUGAUGUUGUGGUUAAGAUCGAGAAGGUGUUGUUGGACAUUUUUUUGUUAAAUUGCGUCGGCUGGCCGAUCUUUUUUUUGUUCCAAUGGGGUAGUGCGUAUCACAGGGGCGUCUUCUGCGACGAUGAGAGUCUCAAACAUCCCUACAUGUCCAAUACGGUGCCUAGUUGGUCCUUGUACAUAUCUGGAUUCGGUCUAAAUCUGAUAGCGAUGGUCAUGACCGAAUACCUAAACAGGCCGAACGACUCCAGAUCCAUCAUAUUCCUAGGAUUCAAAAUCCCCAAUUGGAUUUAUAACUUAUACUGCGCAUUCGGCAUAUUCGCGUUCGGCGCAGCUUGUUCUCAACUCACCACUGACGUCAUGAAGUACACCGUGGGGCGGCUGAGGCCACAUUUUCUUACGGUAUGCAACCCCGACGUCUGCCAAGGAAACUUCUCCUUGUACAAGUAUUAUGAGACUUACUCGUGCACGAAUUGGCACUACAAGAACGACGAAAAGGUUAUGAAGGAUAUGAGGCUUUCAUUUCCUUCUGGACAUUCCUCCUUUUCGAUGUACACAAUGUUGUAUUUUGCAAUUUAUUUGCACAGUCGUAUGACUUGGGACGGAUCGAAACUUUUAAAGCACACCCUUCAAUUUUUGGCAGUUCUUUCAUCGAUUUUUACAGCUAUGACGAGAAUAUCAGACUACAAACAUCACUGGAGCGAUGUACUGUGCGGUCUUCUGCUCGGUGCCACUGUGGCUGUGAUUACAUCAAGAUUCUUUUCGAACCUCUUCAAUGAUUCAAAAGGCUUUAAGAAAUUAGAACCAAACGAGUUGAGCAAUUUAAACGGCAAUAAUCGAGCCCACGUGUAAAUGUGAUCUUUUUAGGAUAUGCAAUUUUAUUUUAUUAUUUUUUUUUUUUCAAGGGUUACGCUUAUACAAAAAUAUUCUUUUUUUAUUGUUCAAACGACAGAUUUUAAAUGGCACCUAAAAGCAUCAAUAGAAUAAAUUCGUUUAAAUUAUACAGAAUUAUUCUAAAAAUUCGUGAUGUAAAACAUUUCUAUAAUAUAGAUAAGGGUACAAUUUACAAAUUGGGGUCAUUUAAAAUUUUCAAAUUUGACCAAACUGUAAUUUGGUAGCUUUAAAGAUAUUUUUUAAUUUAAAGUGUGAUUUGAUCAUAAAAUAUGCGAUAAUUAUAAAUAAUUUUGACUUCAUAUCAUAAACGAAUUUAAGCCUCUAUCGUAGCUACUAACAGUAUCAUUGUAAAAUUGUUGAUAGUGACUUUUAUUUUAAACUAGACAGAAAUGUGUGAAAUUAAAAAAUUGUGUUUUCGGACACAGAAAUGUUAAUUUUUGUGUCACUGAUGAUAAAAAAAUGCUAUAUAUACAUACAGUGGGAGUCAAAAGUAAGAAAUAUAUUCGAUUUUUGAAAAAAAAAUCCAAAACAGGUCAAUUAUUGUUUUUAAUUCUACAUUUGUUGACGCAAUAUUCGGAUAUACAGGGUGAGGUGUGUAAAUUUUACAUAUUUUACAAAAUUUCAUAGCAAUCCCCAUUUAUUUUUUUAUUAAAUAUCCUAACGCUCCAUCUAGUUACCAACAUGGUAAUGUAAUAAGUGUGUUACAUUACUGUGUUACCUUUCAUGAGAAAAUUCUUAAAGGUAAAUAAUUGUGCUCCGAAUAUUAUGUCAAAAAGUGAAAAAUUUAAAAACAAAAUUGACCCUUUUGAAGUUUUUCCAAAAAUCGAUAUUAAAUUUACUUUCAUGAGAUCCAAAAAUUGAAAUGAGUCACUGUCGACAAUUUGACAAAAUUAUUUACUUAUAGAUAUUUUAGCUCAAUUUUGAAGAUUAGAACAUUGACAAUACUUUUAUCAUUACUAAAAACGACGUAUACAGGGUGAGUCGAUAAAGCGGGGACCAAAAUUGGGGACAGUUAAAAAUAGUUUUUUUAAUUAAUAUUCGCAUGUUGUACCAGAAACAAUACUGCCAACAUGAAAUGAAAUACAUAUACGAUCUACCUUUUUCGUUGCAUCUAACAAUCGAAUGUCAAACAAAAAUGAUAGAACUUUGUAAAUAAUAGCCGAAAGAAUAAUAUACAUAUAAAACGGGCGAUCUUAACAAAAAAAAAAUAUAAAUAAAAAUAUGGUACAGGUUAAAUUUUUGGUAGUAUGUCACCUAUACCUUUUAAAUUGCUGGCCUUGUCUAAAUCAUUUUUUGAAAGUCAAAAUGUGGAAAAACUGAUUUUUGGUUAACUUUAUCUUUUUGGGAAUUAAAUACAAAGGAUUGAGAUUCCGACAAUUUUUUUUAUAAAAUUUUGUUUCUACACUUUUUCCUUUGACCAGUUCUAAUUAGGUAUGGG